CUGUCGCACCCCGCCGCGCCGCAGACGCCCGCACCAUGGUGCCCGCCGCCCUCUGGGCCGCGCUGGCUGUCGGACUGCAGCUCUGGACCGCGGUGCUUGCCCAAGUGGGUGAUUCACGCGGUUCCAUGGGAGGGCUUGCCUCUCACGCUCAUCCCGCUGGUGCGCCGCCUCCAGGUGCCCCGGCCGCACUCUCCCGGGGCGCCGUGACAGAGGCUGCACAUCCCACCUAUGCCCCGGAGUCUGGGAAUGGGACACAGUGCCAGCCGAGACAGUACUAUGACAAGAGAGCCCAGAUGUACUGCAGCAUGUGUCCACCUGGUCACUUCGUGCAAAGCUUCUGCACCAAGACCUCAGACACCGUGUGUGCCCCCUGCGAGGACAGCACAUACACCCAGCUCUGCAACUGGGUCUCCAAAUGCUUGAGCUGUAGCUCCCGAUGCAGCUCCGACCAGGAGGAAGUUCAAUCCUGCACUCGGGAACAGAACCGCAUCUGUACCUGCAGGUCAGGCUGGUACUGCAUGCUGAGGAGGCAGGAGGGGUGCCAGUUGUGUGUGCCACUGCGCAAGUGCCUACCCAGCUUUGGAGUGGCCAAACAAGGAACUGCAACAUCGAACGUGGUGUGCACUCCCUGUGCCCCGGGGACAUUCUCUAACACGACUUCGUCCAAAGACCCGUGCAGGCCUCAUCGGAACUGUAGCUCCGUGGCCAUCCCUGGCAACGCAAGCAUGGACACAGUCUGUGGGUCUCUGGCCCCUGCCCUGACAGUGGCCUUGGGGCCAGCCCCCAACAACAUUGCUCUUCCAAUCGGACUGAUUGUGGGCGUGACAGCCUUGGGGCUGGUCAUCAUAGUGCUGGUGAGCUGCGUCAUCAUGACCCGGAGGAAAAAGAAACCCUCCUGCCUGCGCGGAGAAGCCAAGGUGCCUCACCUGCCGGCUGAUAAGGCCCGGAAUGUGCUGGGCCCUGAGCAGCAGCACCUGCUGACCACGGCACCCAGCUCCAGCAGCAGCUCCCUAGAGAGCUCGGCCAGCGCUGCGUUCAGGAGGGUGCCUGCCAAGAACCAGCCAGAGGCGCCAGGCACGGAGAAGGCCAGUGGUGCUGGGGGGGCCCCGGCCAGCUGCGCCAGCUCAGCAGAGCCUUCCCCUGGCAGCUGUGGGACCCAGGUCAACGUCACCUGCAUUGUGAACGUCUGCAGCAGCUCCGACCACGGCUCCCAGUGCCCCUCCCAGGCCAGCUCCAUGACAGGGGACAUGGACGCCAGCCCCUCAGGCUCCCCGAAGGACGAGCAGGUCCCCUUCUCCAAGGAGGAGUGCCCCUUUCAGUCCCAGCCAGGGUCACCAGAGACACUGCAGCAGAACUCCGAGGAGAAGCCGCUGCCUCUGGGUGUGCAGGAUGCCGGGAUGAAGCUCUGUUAGCCAGCUGGCAGGGGCCGUGUCACAGCCACAGGUGCUGACCCGUGGCAGGGCAACCCUGCGAAGCGGCUCCUGGUCCCUCCAGGCCUCAACUCCCAGGACUUAGUGGCUCUCUCUGAGCCACUUCCUUCAGUGGUCUCCACAGCUUCCACCUCCCUUUCUCUUGCAGGCAGGGGGAUGAGGCAGGGAGGGGUGUGGAGACCCUCUUCUGCCUUGGCGUGGGUCCUUCUAAGAAAGCUGGCUGGACAAUGGCAGAGCUGGCCCUGGAUUUGCUAGACAGCCCAGGCUGAAUCCCUGCCUCUCUCUGAACUGCCCCCAGCUGGACUCCAGAGCCUGGCCUCUAGAGCCCUUGGUGUUUUUUUACCUGACUCCGGCUUCCCAGGAGGCCUGCAGGGGAAGAGGGACUCAGGACAGCCAUCCAGCAAGCAAAGACAGAGCUUCAGCCUGCAUGUUGAGACUGCGGGACAGUCCCAGUGAGCAGACAGGCUGGGGGUGGCCAUCUAGCAGAUGGUUCUGUGUGGGUAGGGGGCGGCAGCCCCUGCAGAGGAUACAAGUCCCCCACCUUACUCAGGACCCCUGAAAAGUACCUCCUCUAAGUCCACUUCUGCCACAGUGUGAAAAUCAGGUGCCCAGAGGCCCCAGGAAGGCAACCUUAAUGAGGUUGAUGGCAAACCCUUAACCGGAAAUCUUCCUAUUUUAACGUGGCAAUUUUUUAAAAUAUUAAGCAACAUGCAAGCAAACAGAACAACAAAACAAAGCAAAACUCUUGAGGAUGCAUACAGCCCCUCACCCACAGUUGCAUCCUCUGCCUUUGACCUUCACUCCAGUUACUGAUGGCUCCAGCCCUCUCCUCUCUCCACACCGUGUCCCUCCCCUUCUCCCUCCCUGUCUGGUGCAAAGCUGCACCUUCUCAUAUCAGGGAAUUUCUGGAACUGCAGAUGUCUGAGGCCCCCUGCAGGCAUCUUUUCCUCCUACCUCAGCCUGGACCUUUCUCCUUCCCUACUGAGGGGUUCUCCUCUGUCCCCCUGGCCCCUCCCCCCUGUUUCUGGGGUCCCAGACCCCAGGGGAGCUGCAGAGCCAUUUUGGUACUGUGCCUACUGUGAUUCUGAGUGGAUGUGAGAUGCUGAGAGCCAACUUGUGUCUAUGUGUCUGUAUCUGUGUUGUGUGUCUGUGUAGCUCAUGUCGUUGGGUUGGAUAGCCCGCUUUGAAGCAGCUAAAAGCCAGUAAUUUUGCCAAGGGACUUUGUCCCCAUUAGGGAGUCAACCAUUUCCCCCCAGACUCAUGCCCAAAGGCCUUAGAGGGUGGACAGUGUGGACUAGACCAGAUUCUAGAAGGAAGGGGUAUGAGGACUCUUGAGAGGCUGGCUCCAUCCCAAGUACUUGACUCCCUCAGUGAUAAAUUCCACCGGACUUGAACUUGGCCCCUGAACUGUCCAUUAUCACAGAGACAAGCAGGACUUCCCAUCCUGGAAUCAAGAUGGCAGACUGCCUGGACUGGCCCUGGUCUCUGCCCGAGUUGGAUACUGCAUGGUUGUGGAACACGUCUGCCCCCUGGUGGACAGUUCUGGGAGGCCCUCAGGCCUCACUUCCUUGCCCAGGGAAUGGAUGAAUUGGAAGACUUUGGGUGUGGCUUCAAUUACCCUGGCUUUUGUCGUUCCCAAGACAAUGAGAGUUGCACUGUAUGCUGAAUAGCAUUCCUGCUUAUAAAUAAACCUUUAGUUUGUUUUACACGUUGAGCCUUGGCUCCCUGGCUGGGUCUGGGCUGGGGUUUGUGGUCCUGCUAGCCUGUCGCCAAGUAGGUGUGUAGGGAGAGAGGGGAUUGUGGGUACUGGAGUCUGAUGGCCCAUGUUGUGGCUGGACAAUGAGAGGCACCCCCAUGACAGCCGCCUUUGCUGAGAGCGCAGCUGUUCCUUCAGGCCUGUGGACAAUAAGAUGGCAGCUUUGUGCCAGAAUCAUCCAGCUGGCCUUGGAGUAUGCUCUUGCCAUCUGUGUCUCCUCAGCCUCAUCUGUGAUGGAGGUGGAGGUGCUCACGCAGACCAUCUCACUUGAAUGUGAGGCUCUACCUACCUGUGAGGCCCAUUGAUGGGUGCUUAGCUCAGCACAAGGGCUCUGGGAGCAAGGGGUAGGGGAUCCCGAGGGUCAGGGAAGAGGGCCAGGGUCAGGGUCUCGAGGUAACCUCUGACCUGUUCCACUUGGGUCAGGCUGCAUUCCUUCUGGAGGAUUCAGGGAGGAAUCUGAAGUAAGAGUGCAAUAAAUACUUGUUCAUUCAGACAUUGGAAGGUGUCAGGAUAUAUUAUGGUAUUUCCCCAGCUUCUAGAGACUGCCUGUAUUCAUUGUCUCACGGCCCCUUCCUCCAUCCUGAAAACCAACCUUGUAGCAUCUUCUGUAGUCAUAUCUCCCUCUGCCUCCCUCUUAUAAAGACCCUUGUGAUUACAUUGGGCCCACCCGGAUAACCCACUGUUGUUGAGUUGAUUCCAACUCAUGGUGUCCCCAUGUGUAAUCCAGGGUAAUCUCCCCAUGUCAAGAUUCUUAAUUUAAUCACAUCUGCAAUCAUAUCUGUAGUGCUGUUAUAACAAAUACCAUGAGUGGGUGGCUUUAACAAACAAAUUUACUUGCUCACAGUUUAGGAGGCC